UCAGGAGUUCGGCUGGCGGGGCGAGAAGGGGCUGCGGCGGAGUGCAGGUCCCGGCUGCUGAAGGUCAGAAUAAUUUACAGGAUCUAGAAGAAAGAAAUGCAUUCUUCAAAUAUGGAAGAGGAUACCAAACCUCUCCUGAUCCCUGUUGGAGGCCAUUCCACGUAGAGCCUUCAAAUAUUGUCAGUGUGAAUGAUGACACACACAGAGUUACAGAUGAAGCCUCAGCAAUGAAUAAGCGGAUUCAUUACUAUAGCAAGCUCACUUCUCCUUCAGAUAGGGCACUGAUUGCUCCUCAUCAUGUACUUCCAGCUCCAGAAGAAAUUUAUGUGUAUAGUCCAUUAGGAACUGCUUUCAAAAUCGAUGGUUGCACUGAGGGUUAUGGCAAAAACUCCAGCAUAGUGACAAUAUUUAUGAUCUGGAAUACAAUGAUGGGCACAUCUAUACUAAGUAUGCCAUGGGGAAUAAAACAGGCAGGAUUUACCACUGGAAUCUGUUUGAUCUUGCUAAUGGGCAGCUUGACACUUUAUUGCUGUUACAGAGUUGUGAAAUCACGGACAAUGAUACCUUUAAUAGAUACCUCAAACUGGGAAUUCCCAGAUGUUUGCAAGUACUAUUUUGGAUCCUUUGGUCAAUGGUCCAGUCUUUUAUUUUCAAUGGUGUCUCUUGUUGGAGCCAUGGUUAUUUACUGGGUACUUAUGUCCAACUUCUUGUUCAACACAGGAAAAUUUAUAUACAAUUAUGUUCAUGACAUUAACAUAACAGAUCUUGUUCCUGGUACUAAUGGGAGUACUAGAGUCAUCUGUCCAGGUACUGCCAAUGAGGAUCAACCGGGCAACAAAAGUGGGCUGUUUCCUUUUGUCAACAACAACAACACAGGUUUUGAGCUGUUUGAGGAGUGGUGGAGCAAAUCACGAACUGUACCAUUUUAUCUGAUUGUUGUUGUUCUGCCCCUUCUAAAUCUUAAGUCUCCCUCUUUCUUUGCCAAGUUUAACAUCCUAGGUACCGUUUCAGUUGUCUACUUAGUUUUUCUUGUUACUCUGAAGGCUGCACAUCUGGGAUUCCAUUUAGAAUUCAACUGGUUUACAGCUAAUGAAUUUUUUGUACCAGAGUUUAGAAUUCAGUUUCCUCAGCUCACAGGGGUCCUGACGCUUGCUUUCUUCAUUCAUAACUGUGUUAUCACUCUCCUUAAGAAUAACAAGAACCAGGAAAACAAUGUGAGAGAUCUUUCCAUUGCUUAUCUCCUGGUGGGAUUAACAUAUCUCUAUGUUGGACUGUUAAUUUUUGCUGCAUUUCCCUCUCCACCGUUGUCCAAAGAGUGCAUUGAACAGAAUUUUUUAGACAAUUUUCCCAGCAAUGACAUCAUGUCAUUUGUUGCAAGAUUGUUCCUGCUGUUCCAGAUGAUAACUGUGUACCCGUUGCUUGGCUAUUUGGCACGAGUUCAGCUAUUAGGACAUGUCUUUGGCAAUGUUUAUCCAAGUAUUUUCCACGUGUUGGUUCUAAACGUAGCAAUUGUAGGACUUGGAGUGACAAUGGCCAUAUUCUAUCCAAAUAUAGGAGGUAUUAUAAGAUACUCUGGAGCAACGUGUGGUCUGGCCUUUGUAUUUGUGUAUCCAUCCCUCAUCUACAUGAUCUCCUUGCGUCAGUCAGGGCAGCUGACGUGGUCAGUGCUCAUCGUUCACAUCUUUAUAAUCAUCCUAGGACUGGCUAAUCUGAUCGCACAGUUCUUGCUGUGAAAGUGCUCAUGCUGGCUUUCACAAGUAGUAUUUUGAGAUUUGACAACAGACUUUAGCAACUCUAUCGUAAAAGCUGAGAACCUCCUGUCUGUCAAUUUCUUCCUGAGAAAAUCUGCUCCUUUGAAAGCAAAGGACAACUGUGUCUUAGUAACAGUUUUCAGGGGUUUGUAGGGAAACACAUCUUUUGGAAAUGCUACAUCACAACAGAUAAAGUGGGCCAAAUUUGUAAAUGGCCCAACUCCACUGACUUAAUUGAGAGUACAUCGGGGAUGAUUUUGGCCAAAAUGUUUUUAUUUUGUAGAGAAAUAUUUCCACAUGGAUAAAACAUGCCACUCUUCACUUUUAGAAGUAGUUACUUUUCAUCUUUAUGCUACAGAAUUCUUUUCUUCCUGCCCUUAUUAGCAAACAAACCCUCGCAAUAUUCUACAGUGACAGUUGCACUAAUUUUCCUAUGCUGUUUGGGACUGUUACUGACAAAAGGGUUGUAUUUGUAAAGCUAAUUUAUAGCCAAUCAGAUGACAGCACACUGUUAAUAUAAUUUUGUGUAACCUUUUAAAAUAUAUAUAUGCAAGAAACCUCAGCUAUGGAAACAGCAUAAGAAAUCAAUACCGUUUCUACCUGCAACCGGGAUGCUUGCACAGUAUCUGGCCUUCGAGAAUAGGUCAAGUAAUGAGGGGUGUCCGAAGUUACAGAGCAAGUUGAUGGUUCAACUAGAAGUUGGACCAGGAUCCUCCUCGUUCCAAGUCCUAUAACUGUUACCAUUAGAAUAGAUGUGUUGUGUAUUUUCGUGGGCAGUUGUACUUCAUAUAUGUACGUUGGACGCAAAUGUGCAGAGCAUUCCUGUAUGUCCCGUGUAGUUCUUGUGCCCCUGCAGAUUUCAGACUGAAAAUUCCUUGCUGUAGGAAAACUGAUUUUCAAACAUCCAUUCUAUACAUGUUAUAUGACAGUAUAGUCAGAGAGAGGUACAAUACAGGCAAACCGACAAAAAUAACAAAUUAAGAUUUGUGUGAAAAUUUAAAAAUCGUGUUUCAAUGUAGCUGCUUAAUAUUCAGUAUUAAAAUGUACUAUAAUCUAAUAUACAAAAUACAGGUGCUAUAUAUUUUAUGCAAUAUGGUGCAGUUUCAGAAUCACUAGUGCAAAAUUGCAAAUGCAUCAUCUGUAUAUGCAAUCACCAUGCACAACUGUGCCUGCAGAUGCUCAGCUAGAUGACUAACUAGUCACAUGUACUUGGAAUUACUGUGACUGAAUGCACAGUUUCACGUGUGCAACUCUGAAAAUCUGAGUCUGUCAAUGUGCAGUGAGUAAUAACAAGGCACUGCCUUGUAGGGAUGCCCUUAGGACUUUAUGGAAGUAUGCACAUAAUUGGAAAUGCACAUAUAUAAACCACAAAGACUGAGAUUAUCAAGUCCACAAACGGUCCAUUUCUGCUCCCAUUGAAGUCUGUGGCAAAACUCCUAUUGUCUUCACUGGGAGGAAGUUCUGGAUGAGUAAUCUCCGUUUUGGUGGGAGAAGAGUGUCUCUGAAAAGCUGUUGCUCCAUAGCCAGUAUCUGUUAAAUACCACAUCAUGCAAGCGUAAUGCUGGUUUCUGAGUGAUGGAACAUUAACUUCUCUGAGAAAGCAUCUAAUGGAAUCACAAUCUCACACCUGCUGCACACACAAGUGUGAAUGCACAUAUUCAGAGAGGGAAUUGUUGAUGUGAUGUUUCUAUAUCAGACAAUCAUAGCGCUCCAUCAGCCUGAUGAUGGAAUUAAACAAAUGUCAGAUUUCAUCGCCUCUUGCCAAAAUGAAAAAUGAAUUUAGAGGUGCUUUUGGUUAGAAGUAUCAGAGUGUGGAAGAUUGGUGAGGAAAUAGGAGUCUGAGUUGGUGGAAGAGAACUUGGAGACUGUAAAGUCUGUGGGUCAGGUUUGGGCCCAUUGUGGAACCUGCUCAAAACUGGAUAGACAAUGCUAUGCAAAUAGUAUUAUUGUGCACUCUUAUUGUGAGGGCAGAGUAUGCCCCAGCUCCCCACAUCUCCCUGCACAGAUUAUUCUUGUCAGAUGGGCACAUGCAUAUGCACACAUCCGACCCAGAACACUUUGUUGUGACUCUUGUUGCAGGGUGGCUGGGGAAUGUUUUCUUUGAAGGUUUUGGGGGAAGCUGAAUGCUCACUCUCUGCCCAGAGCUUUCCUGUCAUAUGCCUAUGUGUACCUACUAGCCAAAUUUUGGGGCUGUAAUAAAAAUUUGACAGGUGUAAAUUGAAUGAAAUGGUCUUCUGAGAAACUGAAUUCUAGAAUAAUUAAAGGGAGAAAAGUUGAAUAAUGUUUCAAUAGUAAUAAUGAUGUGGGAGAUUGAGAGAAGCUGAGAACUGGGAAAAGAGAAUUUAAUUGGGGGUAAGAUUUUUGUUCUUGUAUCUGAAAGUAGAAUGGAAGGCAUAGUCUGGAAUAAUUUUAUUGUAUUUCUCUAAUAAAUAACAGAUCUUUAGAGGUGAUCAAGGUCAUAUUAAUAUCAUGGCCAGAGGUCCUUGCUUAAUAUGCAAGAAAUAUAAGAGAGUAGGUCCGGAGUAGUUACUGUGGAGUGAAAAAACUGCUUCAAAGCAGCUACUUUUCUUUUUACCUUGCACAACUCUUUGUGCCUUUCAGGCAGGACUGCUGUGUACAUGUACCAGAUGUCCUAUGCCAGAGAGAAAUGCUUGCCCCAUGCUUGUCAUUCUCCUAUGUGCCCUUAUCUUUGGUAUUUCUUAGUUCUCUGCAGCAUAUUGUACCCACCCUUUUCUCAUUGCCUCACAAUGAUCUUGAUCCUGCAGUAUUUUAUGCAGUCAGCAAGGGUGUUUGCCUACAGGAUUGUCUGCAUGUUUACUGCAAUAUUGGGCCCAGUCCGUCAUCUUAGAGCAUCUGCAUUAGCAACGUUACAGCGGUGCAGCAGCAUUGGUGCAGCUGCACCCCUGUAAGCUCUGUGGUGUAGCCAGG